AUGAGCCAGGCACAAUAUAUGCUUGCGAGUGAUAAUCUUACCAAAGAUCAACUCAGAAAAUAUAAUGUUAGCGAAUUACAGAGCGUUUUGACUUCUGUUGGCCUUCCUUCUGCCGGAAAAAAGCAUGAACUUGUAGAUCGAGUUUAUCAAUUCUGGAGAAGUAUUGAAACACCUGAAUCAGAAAAACCUGUAGUUCCAACUUCAUCAAUUUCAUUUAAAGUUCCCGAAUCUCCAAAUAUUUUAGAAAUUCGUAGUAGACUUGAAGCUAUUGGACCACUUAGAGCUAUGCUAUUUAUACCAAAGGAGCUUAAAUGCUAUGCUAUGUAUAGAACCCCAGAAAAUGCUCAACGAUUUUUGGAUUUAUGCGAAAAUUUGAAUUAUCAAGAAGCAGAAUUUAUUUCAGAAAACGAAAUCGACAGAUUUGCUAAACACAACGAUCUUAUAGCAGAAAGUUUCCAAGUUUCGAACACUGUACAAAAAACGUUCAAUAAAACCUCAUGCGAACCUAGAAUUUACUGGUGCCCUGCUAGUGAUUACGAAUAUAGCGAUUCUGAAGAAUAA